GUGGUCACGGCCGUUGCGAAGAUGGUGCGUUUGAAGGAGGGCAAGGUCGAGAGGAUGCUCAAGUGUUUGAGCCGCGUGUGCAUCGAGGAUCCCGAGCGGGAACAGGUUCGGCUUGAGGCGGAGGAGAUCAAGAAGGGCACGCAAUCCAUCUCCAUCGACGGCGUCGUAACAUUCCAAGUGCAGCACGGCAAGGAUAAGAAGAAGCAGCCCACGUCCACUGCGAUUGGAAUCCCGAGCCUGUGGAUUGGG